CCAAGGAGCGCCGCCUUCUGAGCCUGGGGUCCCCAGAGGACUAUCUCGCUCACCUGUCCCCCAGCGCGGCCCCGGGGAGCACCUGAGACGCCUCCGGGACAACUAUCCCCCCAACUUCAGAGCCAUGAGCAAGUUGGGCAAGUUCUUUAAAGGGGGCGGCUCUUCUAAGAGCCGAGCUGCUCCCAGCCCCCAGGAGGCCCUGGCCCGACUUCGGGAGACAGAGGAGAUGCUGGGCAAGAAACAAGAGUACCUGGAAAAUCGAAUCCAGAGAGAACUCACCCUAGCCAAGAAGCACGGCACGCAGAACAAGCGAGCUGCACUACAGGCACUAAAGAGAAAGAAGAGGUUUGAGAAGCAGCUAACUCAGAUUGAUGGCACACUGUCCACCAUUGAGUUCCAGAGAGAAGCCCUGGAAAACUCACACACCAACACCGAGGUGCUAAGGAACAUGGGCUUGGCAGCAAAAGCAAUGAAAGCAGUUCAUGAAAACAUGGAUGUAAAUAAAAUAGAUGAUUUGAUGCAAGAGAUCACAGAGCAACAGGAUAUUGCCCAAGAAAUCUCAGAAGCAUUUUCUCAACGGGUUGGAUUUGGCGAUAACUUUGAUGAGGAUGAGUUGAUGGCAGAACUUGAAGAAUUGGAGCAGGAGGAAUUAAACAAGAAGAUGAGAAAUAUCCGACUUCCAAAUGUGCCCUCUUCCUCCCUCCCAGCACAGCCAGAUAGACUGCCAGCCAUGUCCUCCACUGCACAUAGAUCCCGAGCAGCAUCUUCCAGGAGGACAAAAGAAGAGGAUGAUGAUAUCAAGCACUUGGCAGCUUGGGCUACUUAAACUAGAAUGGAAUUUUUUUUGACACUUAAUGAAAUAUACAUAAAACAUAUAAAUAAAUUGCCAAGUUUAGAAGUUAACAAAGGUACUGUUUUAUAUCCACACUGAACCAUUAAUUGUAAUUUAAAGCUUAAAAAAGUGGUGAUGUGUGGACAUAGAAUCAGAGGCGGCAGCACCUGGAAGGAUCUAUCCAUACUGAAUGGCAGGAGCCUUGUCCACUACUGAGUUUCUAAUCUUAGAAAUACGUACAGACAGUGAAUAUACAAAUAUAUACUGGUUCUCAAUAUAUACUUGUUGAAAGAAAACUGAAUUCUACUAACAUAUAAGGCAUACAACAGUUUAUAAGCCGUUUAAGGGUGACACCUUCAGGAUUGUGGGGCAAACUAACUUCCUUUUUGAAGUGAAUGCAAGUUUGUUGUGUUUUUCCAUUUUUGAAGAGAUAUAGCCCAUGGUAAAUGUAAAUACAUAGUGUCACUUUUGGGAGAGACUUCUUGCAGGAUAGUCUUGUGUGAGUCUAUACAUAAAUAGUUUCGUUAGAGUUUUGCAGUUUAAAAUCUUAAAGGCGCUUUAAUUGACAUUUAUUAUGCCAAUUAAGCUUGAAAUGGGGCAAUGGAUGCAUUUCCCAAAAUGUCUGAAAGCACUAACAGCCUAUAUUGCUGAGCGAGGCUCUCCUGGGUGUAAUUUAGCCACUUAGGGAGCUGCGUUAACACUCCCAGGCCAUUAUGGUGAUGUUAAGCUUCAGCGCACUAAAUGUGUGAGUCUUCGUUCUUUUCUGUUUUGUGCUCUCUCUUACACUUUACAGAAUAUUCCCUAUAAAUAUAUUAAAAAAUGUAGGCAAUUAAAAGUGUAUCUUGAAUAAAAUUUUGGCCAUAAUUAUUUUUAAAUGAAAAUUAAUUACAAAAAUAUUUGUGUAUAUAAUGACCAGUAGCAUUAUACAAAAUGUUCUAGUAUUUUCUACAUAUUUGUAUAUAUGCUUAGCAACGUAGUGGUAUGGAAAGAGCACUAAACCUGGAAGUAAGAGUCCUGGAUUCCAGUCCCUGCUCUGCCACUGCUAAGACAAUGUGACUUUAGGCAUUUUACAAACUCUGAGACUUUGUUUUCUCAAUGGGAAAUCUAAGGCUUGGACUUGGUGAUCUCUAAGGGUUCCAUCCUGCCAUAGGCCUCUUGCAUAUGCUGCUCUCCUUGGCAGUCUUCCCACCCUCCAUAACACAUACCAAUUCUCGUGUAUUCUUUAAAUCUUAGUUCAAAUGUCCCUUCUUUUGGGAAUCUUUCCCUGAUUGCCCAGGCUAACUCAGGUAUCACCAUUAUAUGAUUUCAUAGUAUUCUGCUUUUCUUUGUACCAUUUAUCAUGGUUACAUAUUUACUGAUCUACUUUAAUUAUUGUUGAUAUUCCCUGCUAGACUGUGAAAACCACUAGGGUCCCUCAUAUAGUAAUCCUGAGGGUAUCUCUUUUAGUUCUUUAUCCCCAGUACUCAGCACAUUUCCUCCUAUACAGUAGGCAUUUAGUAAAUAUUUGUUAAACACAUGAUUAUUUUAGUAUCUUUUCGGACCUGAUGGAAUAAUAGGAACUAGAUUUACCUUCCUGCCUUCAAACAACUAUAAAGCUGGACCAGAUAUAUGCAACAAUAUUUUCCGGUUAUUGAACAACAGGCAGUGCUGGACUGUGAUUCCUGAGAAAAGGGAAACAAAAGAACUGAGCCCUUCCAGUGCCCCAGUUUACUGCCUGCACAAGAAAGGAGAGCUCAAUCAGAGCCUGGAAGUCUUGCUGAGUUAAAGAAAAUUUGUGGGGAAGAGUCCUAGAAAGGAAGCAACUGCAGAGAGAAAGAAUUCUGGAGAUUUGCUGAUGAGUCCCCUCAAGUCUUUGGCUGAGAACUGAUCUGCCUAUGUAUAUGAGAGAACCACUAAGACUGGGAAGAACUAUCAGAAAGAAGUAGGCAGCGCAAUCCCCAGAGCUUCCACAGGGCUAGAUAGUUUGCAUUCUUACCAGCCAGACUGGAAAGACCUACCACACAGGACACUGCCUUGAGUCCUCAGGAGGGUUUUUCCUUAGUAAUUUAUGCCUAGAUUGAAGACUAUUUUGGACCACCCUAAAAAGCUUAAAAACAAGGAUCAAAUGAUUCUAAGUAACUUAACUGCAUUCCAGAACAAAGCCCAAAACUAUUUAAUGGAAUAUAAAACAAUCAAAUCAGUGGAAAUAGCAACAACCAAAAAAAACCCAAGCACCCAAUAACAUCAAAUUCACAAAGUCUGGCAUCCAAUAAAAAUUUUUCAGAUAUUCAAAGAAGCAGGAAAACACAACCUAUGACCACAAGGAAAAACAACCAACAUAAGUGGACUCAGAAAUGAUAUAGAUGAGAGAGUUUUGAACACAAGUCUAUUAAAACAGCUAUUAUACUCCAUAUGUUCAUGAAAAUAGAGAAAAUCAUGAUCAGGAUGAAGAGAUAAACAGAAAAUAUUUUUAAAAGACCCAAAUAGAAAUACUAAAAAAAAAAAAAAUUUGCUGUCCAGUUGAUUUCAACUCACAGCAACCCUGUAUGACAAGAGUAGAACUGCCCCAUAGGUUUCCAGGGAGCGGCUGAUGAAUUCCAACUGCUGACCUUUUGGUUAGCACUUGAAUGCUUAACCAUUGCACUACCAGACUCCGUCCUCUUAACAGUCAUCCAGUAUUCCCUGAUGAGAGACUGAGCUCUGAAAUGGUGUCUAAAUUGGCCUUUCAGGAGGUAGCUGGCUUUAACACUGGUGCCUUCGUGAAUUUAGAAUUUGAGCUACAGCAUGGCUUUCAUUCACAGCUUCCUCUCCCACUUCUCCCCACCCUGUUACCUACCCAGUCUGUCUGAGUACUACAGUUAUCUGUAUGGUGGGCUGCUUAGUAUGGUCCCACUGCUCACUCUUGCUCUGUUUAGGUGUUAUUUUUGUUUUUUUAGUUUUUUCUCUCUCUGUGUUUUAUUUAGAGUGGUUUAAAUUGCUAUGUCUUCAAGUUCACUAGUCUUUUCUUCUGCAGUGUUUAAUCUGCUGUUAAUCCCAUACCCAUUGCCAUCGAGUCUAUUCCUACUCAGAGACCCAAAAGGAAAGAGUAGAAGUGCCCCACGGGGUUUUCAAGGCUGUAAUCUUUAUGGAAGCAGAUUGCCACAUCUUUCUCCUGAGGAGUGGCUGGUAGAUUUGAACUCCUGAACUCUUAACCAGUGCACCACCAGGGCUCAUAUACUAGAGAUGAAAAUACACUAUCUGAAAUUUAAAAAAUUAAUGUAGUUGUUGGGAUUAACAGGCGUUUUGGCAGUACAAUGUUUAAGUUCUUGGCUGCUAACUGAAAGGUCAGCAGUUCAAACCCAUCAGUCCUAAAACUGUAGUACUCAGACUGGGUAGGUAGGGUGGGAGGUGUGUGAGAGAGGAAACAAGACAGAAAAAAAAUUUGAAGAAAUAAUGGUCCCCAUAUUUCCAAAUUUGAUGAAAACUAUAAACCCACAGUUUGUUGAAGCUCAAUAAUCCUCAAGCAGAAAUUUUUAUAUCUUUCAAUAACAAAAGUUACUGUGGAAUGCUAAAAUGUUAAAACCUUGCGAAUGAGACCUGAGAGACAUUUGAAUGUCUCCCCUCCCCUCGUUAAACACACAUGCAUAGCCUACUCAGAGCUGCGCUAUCAAAACAAUAUCCAUUAGCCACAUGGAAUGAGCACUUAAAUGUGGCUAGUACAACUGAGGAGUUGAAUUUUUAAUUUUAUCUAACUUUAAAUUUAAAAGCUAACUAGAUUCAGUUAUUGGAAAAGUUUAUGUUUGGAACAACAUGGAUCUACUGUUCCAAGUGUAAAAUUUAGUUAGUUUUUUAAUAUAUAGACCUGGAAACCCUGGUGGUGUAGUGGUUAAGUGCUACAGCUGCUAACCAAAGGGUAAGCAGUUCACAUCCACCAGGCGCUCCUUGGAAACACUAUGGGGCAGUUCUACUCUGUCCUGUAGGGUCGCUAUGAGUCGGAAUUGACUUGAUGGCAGUGGGUGUGUGGUGUGGGUAUAUACAGGCCAAAUAUUGCUGGUGUAAAUUUGCAUCUGAACUGAGAUAUGUUCUAAGUGUAAAAUACAUGUUGGAUUUCAAAGACUUCUCAUGAAAAAUAGAAUGUACACUAUCUCAUUAAUAAUUUUUAUAUUGAUUACAAGUUGAAGUGAUAUUUAUUUUGGAUGUAUUGGAUUAAAUAAAAUGUAUGAUUAAAAUUUAUUUCACCUCUUUUUACUUUUUCUUAAUGUGGCUGCUGGGAUAUUUACCUUUACAUAUUUAUAUAUUCCUAUUGGUUAGUGCUGGGCAAGACCAACUUAUUAUCAGUGCAUGUA